AUGUUAUUACAGACUUGGUUGAUCGUAUUCGCAUCGUAUAUCGUGAUUCUGUACAUAACUGAAGCAUUUUGUCUGUAUUCCAUACUGAACAUAGUCAGAUGGAAUGGUAAUGUUGGGAUUGAUACGUUGGUGAGUUUGGGAAACGAUUCAUUGUGGUAAUCAAUUUUUAAUGAUUGGCUUAUUAUUUUAUGACAGCUUCUGAACAUGUUUUAAACGUUUAGUCAAAAGCUACUGUGAUAUACCGGUAAGAUUAUCGCUAUGGGUGGUAUAAAAAGCAACGUUAUCAAAAAUAUAAUGUUUCCCGUUGAUACAUAAAUAUUCGUCUCCGGAAUCCCCGGAAACAGUUCCAAAAAGUCCCUUUCUAAACACACUGUUAGGCGGUCCAGAACUCAAGUUUACCUUGAACUGGGUUUAAUAAACCGAAGAUGUCUUUUGCCCGCUUCGAAGUGUCUUUGUGUCCUCUUGGCUUUCGAUUGGGGGAGAUUAGAUGCGAGAGAGUGUUUUCUCUGCUUCUCUGACCUUUUGUCUUGCUUUUCGGCUUUUCAAUUUCGAAAGAAGUUAUUAUGGUUUUUUAUGUUAUUAAAUUUUGAGAUACAAUAACUAAUAAAAGCAAAGAGAAAGUGGCAUAAAUAAUUUUUAAAAAUUUUUAAAAUUGUUUUUUUAAUUAUUUUUUAAUUAUUAAAAAAAUUACUAAAACUGUUGUCAUAGUUAUCACCGGACGAGAUGGUAUCGUCAACAAAAGGAGACUUUCACUUGAAUAACAAUAACUUUUAUUCAUUUUUGUGGAUGUGUGCUACCAUGAUAUUAACAUUCUUCAACUCGGUGCUCGGGUUAUUAACAGUAAAGUCAUUUUUGAAGCCGAUGCCAACAUUUAGAAGUGGGUUAAACUUAAUUUUAAAGCUGUGUUUGAUAAUAAUUAGUACUAAAUUUGUUGUUUUAGAGUUCUUAUGGAUUAGUGUCCCAAUAUCGUUUGUGCCAUUGUUCCCCUUACAUCUUUUGGACCAAGAUCUAUUUGAAUGGGUAGAAGUGUUGGUUACUGUAUUCGUAGCGUCAUCUACUAUUCUUACCUUGUCAUUGGCAGUGUUUGUGGGGUUGAUUGAGAAAGAGUUUCAUGAAAAGACAAAUCAAAAGGUACUUUAAUAUAAGAAAUGUUAAGGAUGGCUUUGAAGCGUAAUUCUAUGUUGGUUAAUGAGUUGUUUAGUAGCAAUUAUUAAAAUGUACCUAUAAGAUGAUAAACAUUAUAAAUUUUAUUUCAGGAAUGGACUUUGUGGAACGUUUUCUUCGAAACAUAA